AUGUCCAAGGUACCACUGGAAUUCUCUGAGAUCAUUGCAAGCAAGCGCAAAAAUCCAGACGGAAAACAUGACCCGAGUUUCUACGAGGCGUUUGUCCCGGCCGGCGACAUCACAAAAUUGGCAACAAAGGAUGCCGUCAUUGUGGAGCUUUCAAAGGAGGGCAUGUCUAAGGAGCUCGAGGAGACCGCUGAGAAGGUCGUGGCAGAUGCGCCAAAAGUCUUUCUGACCCUUGUCUGCACCGGAGGCCACUCCUUUAUCCGGGUCUUGACCCAUCCUCUCAAUGACAAAAAGCUGUUUGAUCAUGAAAUUCAAGCCACGACAAAGGUUUAUGGUAAAUUCAAUGGUGAAUGGGAUCGGGAUAGUCGCAUACCAUCCCGAUUGAUGCACAGGGAUGGCAAACCCGUCAUGACGUUCUCAGAACAUGAUCAUUUCUAUAUAAAACAUUGGAUCUUUCAGGCUCCUGUAUUCGAAAGCGACAACACGGAGCUAAUGUAUGACUUCCAUUGGUUACAACCGCUUCCAUAUCUCGUUCCGAAGAAGACCCUUGUUAUCAACUCCGGAUUCAGUACUGUACGAAAGACACUGAUUCAUCCCGAUCAUUACAAAUUCGAGACUAGUUACCAUUGGCCAAGUUCUCCAGAAGGAAUGAAUGUUGCGGUGAAGACAUUGAGGGCCAAUACUAACAAAGAGUCUGGCACCGACACUGAGAAAUUCUACGAAAUAGAAGCCGAGACAUUGAAAAAGAUGGGAGCAUUAAAUGACGCUCAUUUGAUCCGGUCAGUUGCUAUCUAUAAGAGAGGCACCGAGAGAUGUUUUGUGUUCCCUUGGGCAGAGGGAGGCAAUCUCGACGAUUUCUGGUAUAACUAUAAAGACAAGCGUGAUGACGACCUGAUACGCUGGGCCAUCAACCAAAUGCUUGGCCUUUUCGGAGGAUUAGACAAACUACACGAGGAGAACAUCCGCCAUGGAGAUGUGAAGCCACCGAAUAUUCUUCAUUUCCCCAACAGCUCAUCACAGCUGGGACAACUGGUCCUUGCAGAUGUCGGCCUUGCUAAGUUCCACACAGACUAUACGAAGGACCGACAGAAGAUCACCUCAACUAAGCAUAGCACAGAGGAUUAUGAACCCCCAGAACCACUUAAUGAGAAGAUCUCCAGAUACUACGACAAUUGGUCGAUAGGGUGUGUCUUCAUAGAGUUCCUCAUUUGGAUUAAGUCCGGCUACGAUGAACUCUGCAAUUUUCGCAGAGCUCUCGAGUAUGAUGACCAAAAAAGGAAACGCUUCUGGCAACGAAAGGACAGGAAACGCUUCUGGCAACUAAAAUUUGGAAAAGAGAGGAACGCAUUCGUGCAUCCAGAAGUUGAUAAAUGGGUUGAAAAACUACGCUGGUCAAAGUAUCCGAUUGUUUACGAUUUGGCCGAUCUGGUUCGCAAAAACAUGCUCGUUCCCGAUCCCAACCAGAGGCGAACGCUAAACAAUGGACUGUUGUACAAAUUUAAAGAGAUAUGUGCAACCCUAGCCCUAAAUGAAGGCAAGCUCAGCCCAGAGAAUCCCUCGAAGGCGGGUCAUGUGGCCGGGGGCCAUGCGGACCUCGAUCCUAAGCCUGAAGCCGAAAGUUCCACGCAGAGCUUCACUCGAAAUGCAAGUAACCUCUACGCAGCUGGGGACAGGCAGUUAACGAAACAAAUCAUCAACCGAAUCGGUUGGUCGUUUCAUUGCCCUCCCACAAGAGACACCAAUCUCUGUCAGGUUUGUAGAAUUAUGGACUUCGAACAACCUGAGUGGGAACUCGGCCGUAACGUUGACGAGUUGAAAGGUUCUGCUACAUCUUGUGCUCUAUGUCAAUUCUUUUUCAAUUGCCUUUCAAACAGCCUGGAUGAAAGAAAGCCGAUCACUCUAUAUCGAGAUGAUGCCUCUUUCUCGUUGCGCCUGUCUCCUUACGGCCGCUCUCUCAUCACGAUUUACUCUGACCCAAAUUCGAAAUCGGAGAAUCAGCCAUAUUCUUCACCCGGCCUUCCUCGUCUCCCUAUAAUAGGCAGUUCUAACCAGUAUCAAUUGUUCAAUGAGUGGAUCAAGACAUGUGACAACAAUCAUGACUGCUUUCCCAAGGCAGGAACUAUCAGGAAACAUGACAGUGCAUUGCCCACAAGGCUUCUCAACGUUGGCAGUGACCAAAUUCGUCUUGAAGAACCUAGGAAGUUGGCUCAACAAAAAUACGUUGCUCUCAGCCAUCGAUGGGGAGAUCGUUCUACACAUAGCCAAUUCUGCACUUACGAUUCUAAUAUUGAAAGAUUCAGAACUAACAUUCCCUUCACAUCAAUGCCCAAAACCUUCCAGGACGCAGUGAAGGUGACCCGCGCCAUAGGGGUUCAAUACCUCUGGAUCGAUUCGUUAUGCAUCAUCCAAGGAAACGCAGACGACUGGGAGACUGAAUCCAGCCGAAUGGAAGAUGUCUUUAGCUCAGCAUACUGUGUCAUAGCAGCCACAUCGGCCGCCUCCUCCCUUGAAGGAUUCUUGAAUUAUAGACAACCCCGCCCGUGUGUCACUGUCCAAGCCAAAGAAGGACCAUUGCACUUGGCCAAAGCAAUCGAUAAUUUUCAGGAUGAUGUUGAACAUGGAUUAUUAAACACGCGGGGGUGGGUGCUUCAGGAGAGAGUUUUAGCCCGCCGCACAAUCCAUUUCACUUCUACACAAGUCUACUGGGAAUGCGGACAAGGAGUUCAUUGCGAGACGUUGGCCCAGCUGCACAACACUCAGUCCCAAUUUCUCGGGGACUCAAAUUUCCCUCAUUCAAGCCUUGAAUAUUACAAGGAUGAGCGCAUUCGACUUGUUCAGCAUUUGUACGAGUUUUACAGUACACUUGACUUGACCAACGAGAGUGACCGCUCCAAGGCAAUCUUGGGCAUAGAAACCCGAUUAGCCCGGUUUUUCAAGUCCAGAUCACAUUACGGUAUUUUCGAGAAGUCGUUUCACCGAAUGCUCCUCUGGCAAGCAAAAUCUCCAGGUGGGCUUGCCGCGAUACCCCAGCCUAAAGAACCAUCUAAACGCACACCGUCUUGGUCUUGGAUGUCUCGUACUGGAAAGAUUCAGUUUAUGGAUAUUCCUUUUGGUUCUGCUACAUGGCUGGAAAUCUUACCGGGGCCAAUUUCUUCAGAUAAUAUCGACAUUACAACUAUACAUGCUGAAGCCCAUGGCCUUUUGUCCGAGGACAUAGAAUCAAUGGGUGAUGUUGUCUUGGAUUCCGAAGAUUGUCACUAUAACCGAAAGACAUGGAAGUGUGUGAAACUGGGACAUAAGAAGUUGGAUGAUCUGGUUGUGGCGGCAGAGCAUUACUAUAUACUGCUCAUUCGGCCUAUAUCAGAUAUGUGCCCAGGGAGCUAUGAGAGGGUAGGAGCAGGAAGGAUAAAACACUCCGACUUAUCACCAGAAAAACCUAUUUCUGUUGAAAUAUCUUAA